AUGAGAAUUCUUCUACAACACGCAACGCGUUACGGCAUUCGCUCCUUCGGAACCCUAUCAUCACCUCCCACAGCAGCGAGCCAAACAUUGCAGCACCGUAUUUCGGAUGCUCUCUAUCGAAAUGCACAAAUCCUUCCGGUGCUUGAACACUGGCGGCAACAGGGGAAUCAAGUGAACCCUUCACAUGUUAGAGUCAUCAUCAAGAAGCUUCGAGAUUCCAACCAAUCUCACCAAGCCCUUCAGGUAUCAGAGUGGAUGAGUAAAGAAAAGAUCUGCAAUCUAAUCCCAGAAGAUUUUGCAGCUCGGCUUCAUCUCAUAGAGAAUGUUGUAGGCUUAGAAGAAGCAGAAAAGUUCUUUGAAAGUAUUCCAAAGAACGCGAGAGACGAUUCUGUCUACACCACUCUCUUAAACUCGUACGCAAGAUCACACAAAACUCUGUGUAAAGCUGAAGCCACGUUCUUUAAAAUGAGGGAGUUAGGUCUUCUCUUAAGACCUUAUCCUUUCAAUGCAAUGAUGUCUCUCUACUGUGCACUAAAAGAUCGAGAUAAAGUCGAGGACCUUUUGCUUGAGAUGAAAGGUAACGACGUGGAGCCCGACAGUGUCACAGUAAACAACGUGUUGAAGCUAUACUCGGAUGUGUGUGACGUGACCGCGAUGGAGAAGUUUUUGAAUAAUGGGAAGGCUGUAAAAAUGUUGCGUUUAACCGAGAAAUUGGUGGAUGACAAGUCUUUAAAAUCAGCUUACGACCAUCUCAUGAAGCUGUAUGGUGAAGCUGGAGAGAAAGAAGAGGUUUUACGUAUAUGGAACCUUUACAAGAAGAACAUAGGACAACGUGAUAACGAUGGUUACCGAACUGUGAUACGUUCUCUCUUGAAGGUGGAUGAUAUCGUUGAGGCGGAGAAGAUUUACAAAGUGUGGGAAUCUUCGCCACUUGAGUUUGAUAUCCGAAUCCCGACUAUGUUGGCCUCUGGUUAUCGAGACAGGGGAAUGACAGAGUUGGCUGAGAAACUCAUGAGCAGUAAAGCUGUAAAGGACAGAAGAAUGAAUAAGCCUAUCACUCCGCUUUUGGAGCAAUGGGGACAUCAAAUGAAACAGUCUGAUCUCAAAUGCCUAAUCAAGAAUCUCCAUGAUUCCAAUCAGUUUUCAAAAGCGCUUCAGGUUUCAGAGUGGAUUGGUGAAAAACGAGUUUGUAGUCUUUAUUCGGAAGAUUGUGCAGCUCGUCUUUACUUGACUGAGAAUGUGUUGGGUUUAGAAGAAGCAGAGAAGUACUUUGGAAACAUCCCUGAGAACAUGAAGGAUUACUCUGUCUACACAGCUCUCUUAAGCUCUUACGCGAAAUCUGACAAAAACAUGAGUAAAGCCGUGACCACUUUCAAGAAGAUGAGAGAGCUCGGGUUCCUCUUGAAACCUUCACCAUUCAACAUGAUUCUCUCUUUCCACAGUCAAUCAAAUAUGGUGAAGGAGAUUCUUCGUGUGAUGGAGGAGAACAACGUCGAUCCUGAUAGUCUCACGGUGAACAAAGUUUUAAAGAUCUACGCGGCUGAAUCAAUUAAGGUAGAAGAAAUGGAAAUGUUUAUGAGACGGUGGGGUAGAGGAGAUGGAAUCAAGCUAGAUAGCGGCACAGUGGUUGCAAUGGCAAAGGCCUACGCUAAAGUUGAUUCAACAAUGAAAGCAAUAGAGAUGUAUGGUGAUGUAGCCGGGUGUAAAAGAGAGGUGCACCUUCUUUGGGACAAAUAUAAGAAGAAGAAGGAGGAAGAACAAAAGGAGGCUGAUAAGCUCUUUGUUAAAGCUGGACGAUGUACAAGGAGCAGAGAAGGUCUAUGGAGAGUGGAUACCGAGUGGACCGAAGCUGGAUGUGAGAAUACCGGGUUUGCUGAUUUCUCGGUUUUGUACCCAAGGGAACGCAUUGAAGGUUGGGGAAAUGUUACAGUCGAUUAG